AUGUAGAAGAUCCAGAAAUCCAAUUUUCCCAUGUAAAGCUUGGAGAAGAUCAAGAACUCCAAUUAUUUGACUUUGAUAGUGUCAAAAUGGCUACAAACAACUUCUCAUUUUGGAACAAAAUAGGAGAAGGAGGUUUUGGCAUUGUUUAUAAGGGUGAUCUAUCAUCUGGACAAGCUAUAGCAGUCAAAAGACUUUCAAGAACAUCAGGACAAGGAAUUACAGAGUUCAAGAAGGAAAUUAUGUUAAUUUCUAAACUCCAACAUAGGAACCUUGUCAAGCUUGUGGGUGUUUGCAUUGAAGGAGAAGAAAAGCUUUUGCUUUAUGAGUAUUUGAGCAACAAAAGUUUGGAUAAAUUCCUAUUCGACCCAAUAAAACGAGCCGAAUUGGAUUGGAGUACGCGCUUUAGGAUUAUCGAGGGAGUUGCCUAUGGAUUACUUUAUCUUCAUCGUGAUUCUCGGUUAAGAGUCAUUCAUCGAGAUUUGAAGACAAGCAACAUUCUCUUAGAUGAACAAAUGAAUCCAAAAUUUUCAGAUUUUGGCAUGGCAAGGAUCUUCGGCGUGAAACAGGAUCUAGCAAAUACUAAUAGAGUGGUUGGAACAUAUGGCUACAUGGCAUCAGAGUAUGCCUUGGAAGGGAUAUUUUCUAAAAAAUCAGAUGUCUUCAGCUUUGGUAUCUGCUUACUAGAGAUUGUGAGUGGUGCAAAAAAUAGUAGCUUUUGUCAUGACGAAGAACAUCUAAGCUUUCUUGGUCAUGUAUGGAAAUUAUGGAACACAGGCAAGGGAACGCAAUUGAUUGAUCAAACAGUAGUUGAUAGUUGCGAUCCACUUGAAGCAAUGAGAUGUAUCCAUAUAGGACUUCUAUGUGCGCAAGAUUACGCGGUGGACAGGCCAACUAUGUCUAAAGUAGUUUACAUGCUUAGUACUGAAACAACUGAUCUUCCUCCUCCAAAAAUGCCUUUAUAUAUUCGCGACAGCAAGGAUUACAAUAAUUUGAGUUCACAUGGAAGUGAUAGAUUAGCAAUUGCGUCCAAGGAUACAAUUGAAAUAUUAUUGGCUUUUCUUAGUGCGUUUCUUUUUGAGCUUGGAUCUCCUUAUGGCUUUUCUCUUAUCAUUGCAAAAGAGAGAGGACAAGUAGAGAAGAGGGAGGAAGACUCUCGUUAG